GAAACAUGUCACAUGGGAAUAGAAAAAAGUUGGAUCGAGGGUAGGACUGGGAGAGUACAGAUAAGGGGUUCCGCACGGUAGCGCCACCACCGCCGUAAAAAAACAAGAAAAAUAAUAACAAAGGAAUCUUCUCUUUCUCUCUCUCUCUCUCUUUGAGUUGAGUUUCGAGUUGCGCCAUUUUCACCUGUCCUCUCUCUCUCUCUCUCUCUCUGUCACCGUGUUGCAAGUAUGAAGGACUGUUGGUUUUUUGACAACAAUUUCAAUGGUCUGUCGGAUGAGAGUCUUGAUGAUGUGAUGGACAUGGAGCUUUUGGAUUUGCCCCUUGACUUUGAGGAUGUGGAAACUGAUGCUGUGGAAGAACAAGAUUGGGAUGCUCAGCUCAAACUCCUUGAAGACCCACCACCACCACUUGGAGUUUUCCCACUACAACAAUCCUCUGCAUUCUGUGGACAAACUCGGAAUGAGAAUGCGAAACUCGACAGCAAGAGUUUCUCUGCUUCUCUAGCGAAGACUGUCAGACCUGCAUAUGGCAAAACUAUUCCUGUCCAGAAAGUCUCUUUAAAAGGAAAAGAUUUGCUCCAAUUCCAAACCAACAGCCCAGUUUCUGUUUUUGAAAGCAGUAGUAGUUCUCCCUCGGUUGAGAACUCCAACUUUGAGUUACCUGUCAUCCCAACAAAGCGUCCCCGUACCAAACGCCGGCGUCUCUCAAACAUCAGCCUGCUUUACUCUAUUCCUUUUAUCCUUACUUCACCGGCUUUUCAAAAAUUUCAGAGGAUGGAUUUCUCCAAAUCAGAUAUACAAACACAGCCUUCUGGGGAAUUAUUAUGCAAGUUCAAAAAGAAGCAGAGGAAAAAGGAUAUUCCCCUGCCGGCUAACAAAAUUGAGAUGAAGAGAUCCUCAUCACAGGAGUCAGUUGCACCCAGAAAAUGCUUGCAUUGUGAGGUGACAAAGACGCCGCAAUGGAGAGAAGGACCAAUGGGUCCUAAGACCCUAUGCAAUGCCUGUGGGGUUCGAUACCGGUCUGGCCGGCUCUUUGCUGAAUACCGGCCUGCAUCUAGCCCCACUUUUGUAGCAUCACUGCACUCAAACUCUCACAAGAAGGUCUUAGAAAUUAGGAACAGAGCCACCCAGGUGACUGUUAGAUAAACCUUCGUUGAAAUUCUCUAGAUUAGUAUUGUUUUAGAUUUUAUUGAGUGCUUGUGCUAAACAGGAUUGUCCUUGAUUAUUGUUCUCCUUUUUUAUGGACUAAUCUUAAUCUUAUAUUGCUUAGCUAGUUAGCAUCAUCUGUUUUAUGUAAAUUGAUUGGCCGAAUAAGUAGUAAGAUUAUACCAGUGGUUCACUGCAUGCUAGGCAUUCAAGGAAACAAGGUAUAUUCAGAGAGGAAGAUGAUCAAAUAAAAAGCAAAACUUAGGUGCA